AGCUGCUCGCGCAGCUCCGCACCGCUGAAAUGCAAUUAUUACGACUCCUAGUCGCGGUAGCCGUGGUGCUAUUCUCCGUCGUUGUAAUCGCCGCCGAGGAUUACUACAAGGUGCUUGGACUCGCGAAGUCCGCGUCGGAGAGGGACAUCAAGCGCGCGUACAGAACACUAAGCAAGAAAUACCACCCUGACAAGAACCCCAACGAUGAUACGGCGCGCGAGAGAUUCGUCGAAAUAGCAGACGCCUACGACGUACUUUCGACUAGCACACUGCGCAAAGUAUACGACCAAUACGGACACGACGGGGUAGAGCAGCACCGCAAAGGCGGAUCAGCCGGUGGCGGUGGCCACGACCCAUUCGAUCUGUUCUCGCGAUUCUUCGGCGGAGGCGGGCACUCCGGGCACGCGCCUGGACACCGCCGCGGACCGGACAUGGAGGUGCGGGCCGCGCUGCCACUUCGGGAUUUCUACAAUGGACGCGAGAUCAACUUCCUCGUUGAGAAGCAGCAGAUCUGUGACUCGUGCGAGGGUACCGGGUCCAAGGAUCGAGAGGUUGUGACUUGUGAUCGGUGCGCGGGACGUGGUAUGGUUAUUCAGAAACAUAUGCUUGCGCCGGGGAUGUUCCAGCAGGUGCAGAUGCAGUGUGAUAAGUGUCAUGGACAGGGGAAGAAGAUCAAGAAUCCUUGUCCUGUUUGUCAAGGGAAUCGGGUUGUUCGGAAUGAGGUUGAGACCAGUGCUAGUAUUGAGCCCGGGAUGGGCAAGGGAACUAGGCUUGUUUUUGAGAAUGAGGCUGAUGAGAGCCCCGACUGGAUUGCUGGGGAUUUGAUUGUUGUUUUGGAUGAGAAGGAGCCUGAGCUUGGGGUGGAAGAGGAGGAGAAGAUGGAUGGGACGCGUGGAUGGGGGGGUUGGAGUCGCAAUCUUACACAUCUUGAUGGACAUGUUGUCCGUCUUGGACGUGGUCGUGGUGAGGUUGUGCAGCCGUUGGCUGUUGAGACUAUUGCCGGGGAGGGUAUGCCUCAUUACUCCGAGGGUCAUUUACAUGAUCACCAUGAUGAGAAUGAUGAGACAGGCAAUCUGUUUGUUGAGUACACUGUUAUCCUGCCGGAUCAGAUGGAGAGCGGGAUGGAGAAGGACUUCCAUGCCCUUUGGGAGAAGUGGCGCAAGAAGAUUGGAGUUGAUUUGGCGAAGGAUUCUGGGCGACCUGUUGUGUCUCCGCCGGCGGAGGAUAAGGAUGAGUUGUGA